AUGAAGAACACAUCCACCAUACCACCACUAGCCGGCAGCCGCUCCUCACUCCUCACCCCUUCACCCGUUCAUCGCCGAUUCUCCGGUUGCCUACUAUCCCUCGCCUACAUGCCGUCAACUCAUCGGCUACUCAGCUCACACACCACCAACCCACGGGAGAAUAGUCGAAAAACACACAAAUCGACCACUCUCACUCACUUGCUUAUUUUUCUAUUUUAUUUGGAUAUUAGUGACUUUUAUGACUUUAUGCUGGAAACCGCGAUUCCAUAUUCUAGAUUGAGUGACGAAGAACUUCAAGUAGCUUUUAUUUCUGAUAUCUGA